CUGCUGGGUCAAGUCCCUUGGAUCUUGCGCAUCCUGGUCCCUCGUCGCAGGCGAACGUGCAGUGUGUGCUCGAGUGGUCUGCAUGGCUUCGGCAAGAAUCGAUGCUCGAGCGAAUGGGGGGCUUCGAAACCUGUCUCGCGACUCAAAGCCACAGCGACUCGGAUUCCUUGCAGAGUCUGACCCAUUUAUCAUCGGUAGAUCCGGCCGAGGUCGAUCUGCGUCGAGGAGGGCCGUUUCAGCCAGGAGGCCGACAACCCCUCACUUGCCGCCUCCUUCCAAUCUUCGAUGUCCCAAUCAGACCCAGUGGAGUGACUCACCUGCCGACAUUGUGUUUCGAGACCCUCUCGGGAGAUCUCGAGCACGAAUCAGGGCCGGAAUCGGCAUCCAGCUCCAGCGAUGCAGACGGUGGCUGGGCGGCUUUCUGAGCUGCAUCCCCAGUGCGGACGAUGAGCAGGGCUUGAUUGGACUCUGGCCCUAUGACAGGAGGCCGACCGACCAACUGCACUCACCCCGAUCCGACGAACCGUGGGUGACCCCGAUUGUUCCCCGAAUGCCGAUUCGAGCGCCGAUUUGGACGGCCGAUGCAUCCAACGCAGACGCAAAAUCUUCCGAAUCGCUCCCAGAGCCGCUGUUUAGGAUCCGGAGUUGCUUCUCGGUGGCAAGCUGGGCGUCGAAGCGCUCCCAUGGCCGACUGCUCCGGCUGCUGUCCCGCUUAACAUCGGAGCCAUCUUCGGGUGCCUUUCUCUUCUGCGGCACCAUCUCAAGCACCGACCGGAUAUCACUGCUCGUGGCGAGGCUAUCGGCUGCAGUCGAUUCGAACGAGCUGGCUGGCCGGCUCUCGAGUUGCGCGGACCUGCUCGCAACGCCUUCGUUAGCACCGAUGCCGAUUCCGAAUCGGCUGGUUUCUCUGUCGAUUCUGAUUCUGUAUCGGCUCAAAUCCUCGCCUCCUUUAAGCCAUACACGAGCUCGAUUGCCCCUAUCAGCCCUGCCUCUGUGGCUGUCAGUGGGGCCUUUGGCAACAAGCUGGAUUCUGCACACCUCGUACUGCUCCCGCCGUUGCCGCCGCCUCUCGGAUGAACGUCGUCGGGCUCGGAGUCGCUGAUGAUAAUUGGAUGAGGCUGCAUCGGAGCCGUGCUGCAGCCUUUCACAGGCUCCCGAGGCGCUUUGCACUCGAGUUCGAUAUCGGACUCUGCGGAUGGAUUCGGCGUGCGGUAGAGUUCACAUUCGACAUCAGCAAAACAACCAGUCUUCUCAAAGCAAGGCGGCAUGCGGAUUCCUCCCGCCCCUUUCCAGACCUGCAAAUAAUCCCUGUCAUGCACUCACUGACCAUCGUCCGUCAAGGACCACAUAUCGUAGAAGCCCUCGAUGUCUGCGAUGAUGUGCUCUGGAAUAGCGCCAAGCUCGUCG